CAAAAACUUCAAUUAAAACUACACACAUUCCUUACCUAUCAACAUUCUUAUCACAAUGGAGAGAGUGACAAAGAUGGUUUCAGAGAGACCAGUGGUGAUAUUCAGCAAGAGUUCAUGUUGCAUGAGUCAUACCAUAAAGACACUUUUUUGUGACUUUGGUGUGAAUCCAGCUGUUUAUGAACUUGAUGAGAUACAAAGAGGGAGAGAGAUUGAACAAGCACUUUCAAGACUUGGUUCUUCUCCAUCUGUUCCAACUGUUUUCAUUGGUGGCGAGCUUGUUGGUGGAGCCAAUCAAGUAAUGAGUCUUCACCUUAACCGCACUCUGAUUCCAAUGCUUAAAAAAGCUGGAGCUCUUUGGGUUUAAUUUCAUCAACUCAUAAGGCACACACAGCCACUUAAUAAAUUAAUUACCAGUUUUGGUUAUGAGGUAAUUAUGAGAUGAUAUAUAGAGAGAGAUUAUAGUCCGAGUCCUUCGUUUAGCCUUCUUUUUUAGGGGCUAAAUGCAAUGUUUUUAAUGUAAUGUUAUAUCUUUUUGUAGUGAGUUAAUAUAACAAGUUAUAUGAAUGAGUUGCAGAAUCGCUAUGAAUGUUAUAUCUUUUUAGAGGUGUGCUACUUUUACACCUUUUUCAUACACCUAUACUAGUACACCGUAUGAAACAGCAAGGGAAAUUUGUUUU